AUGACGUUUAGUUAUUUUUUAGCUCUGAUCCUUAUAAGGUCAAUUCCAGCAUUUUCCAAACCUCCUUCUUCGUCCAAUCCGUCCGAUUACGAGCAAAUCGAUCACGCUCACUUCUUGGUCGACGACAUUAGCAAACUGUAUCUAAAUGAAAGGUUUUCGGAUGUUGUUUUCGUUGUAGAUAAUGAAGAAUUGCACGCCCAUCGACUUGUGUUAGCCACACACAGUGGCUUUUUCAGCAAAUAUUUUUAUGGGAGUUUUGAUGAAUCCGGUCGGCAUAAAGUGAAAAUUAAAGAAGUAUCAGUGACUUCAUUUAAAAUACUUCUUAAAUAUAGCUAUACCGGUCGAAUAAAUUUAAGUCGUCUAGAGGACGCAGUUAUUGUGGAACUAUUUAAGAUUGCGCAUUACUAUGGUUUUUCAAACUUACAACAUUCACUGUCCGAGUAUUUUCGAAGUAACAUCACCAUACACAAUGCAUGUUCAUUGUUUGCCAUAGCCCGACUUUAUCAACACGAACAACUCGAUGUCGAACUACUCGACUUCAUCGAAUCGCACACUUUGGCCGUAUUGGAAUCCGAAGAUUUUCUGUUUUUGCCGCCGCAAGCGCUACAAGACGUUCUCAGUCGUGACUCGUUUGCUGCUAACGAAUUGGACAUAUUCCGGGCGGUUUGUCGCUGGAUCGACAAGCACCAACUCGACCUAGACGCUGAUACUAAAACCAAUGUUUUAUCUGUCGUUAGAUAUCCAUUAAUCAGCGAUAAAGAACUGUUAUCUGUGGUCAGUAAAACGCAGCUAGUUUCUUCUAAGACCAUUGCGGAUGUCAUCAAAUCGAAAAAAAAAACGCCAUCGCACGAAUUAAAAUUGCGAGGAGAAACAGAUGUGAACUUUGUUCAAUCUGCCAAGGUCAACACGGAUAUAAACAGAACAGCCACCGUUACUAAUAUAGAUUUGGGUCAUACAGCAACUAUAAACUACAUUAAACUCAAUUUACAAUAUAAAGACUUUAGGAUAUACACCUAUUACAUUGAAGUUUCGACGAAUCAGAAGCAGUGGGUGCGUGUUAUAGAUCAUUCAAAAUAUCCUUGUCGAGCAAUUCAACGUUUGUGGAUUUCUCCACAAGCAGUUCGGUACGUUAAAAUUGUUGGCGUCUAUAACACGGAUGAGAAGAGUUUUAAAAUCUUGGAAAUCAAGCACAAUACCAGAGAAAUGCACUUAGUAGACAUCAAAAACGGGUUAGUGGCUCCAAAGUACAAUGUUGCUUUAAUAUCUAUGGACGCUACUGUAAUCAAAGAAUAUCGCUUUAGUAAUAAUUCCAUCUUGGAUGGCCAGUAUAAACACUUCGAUAACAAUUAUACAUGUCAUCGACUGCAGUUGGGUUGUAUAGAGGUUCAACUAGCACAGCCCUAUAUGCUUAGUUCAAUGAGAAUGCUUCUUUGGGAUAAAAAUGACGGAGAUCUCAGUUACAUCGUUGAAGUUUCAGUUAACCAUGAUGAUUGGGAUAAAAUCGUAGACAAAUCCAAUGAGUUGACAAAAUCGUGGCAGUUGUUGCAAUUUGAUUUCAGACCGGUAGUGUACAUUCGCAUUACUGGCGUUUACAAUUCAGCAAGCACUAUUGAUUUUCAUGUUGCACAUUUGGAGGCUCCCGCUCAAGUAGAUUUAGCAAGUUAUCCUACGUCUUCCAAAACAACUCUGUCGUCUUUUGUGGAGUCACCAGCUACAUACUAUUAG